GUCAACAAAAAAAUCUCUCUUCAACCGACUUAUCUACGAGCCCCUUUGUUUGUUUUCACUUUUCACAUAAUUUUGAAACACCUGGUACUCCGGUAGCAAAUUAGCAAUACGACGCAGAUAUCCUUUUCCUGAAUUUGAGUCGUGUCCAAAAAAAUGUCAUCACUAGGAGCAGGGAAGGGGCUUUUGGAGGUAGGAAAGUUCGCCGUCUACGUCGCAGUUCCCAUUGUUCUCAUGUACGCUUUUGCCAACAAUACCAAGAAUCUCCAGAAAUUUAUGGGCGGACGUAAUUAUGUUGUCUAUCCACCUGAGGGACCAAGGCCUCCAUCACCAGAGGAAAUGCGAGAAAUGGCGCGUGAUCUAGCUCGUAAGAGGAACAGCUAAUCAUGUUCUAAUGCAGGACUAUGAACGGGUUUUAACGGACCACUUUAAUAGGAUAUCAUAGAGGAGCUUCAACAGUCCAAACAAGUCACUUGAAGCUCCUCCCUGUCACUUUCUUAUAUGAACCCUCACACUCACAUGUGAUGUCAAUUUGACAGCUUUCUGUAUACAGUUUAGUAGUUUACCUCUCAGUUGGAGUAUAUAAUAAAUCGAAUUAACGAAUGCACUGUGAUUGUUCUGGUUUUCAGUUCAAGUGUGUCGUGUACAUGUAUGGCAUGUAAAGUCAAAACUCUUUUAUGUUUGUCUUCCUCUCAUUUUUUGAGGUAGAAGACAUCUAUUAUAUUGAUUACAUAUCUCCAUGUCGUUAUA